AUGGGGCAGUUUAACUUUGGCAUGCCGAAUGGACAGGGUGGCAGUUUCGCAUCUUCCGGAUCUCAGUCCUUCUCAAGCAGUAGCUCCUUCAGCGGUGGACAUGGAUCGGGCAGUACCGCUGGCGCUGGCUCACAAUCGACAAGUCAUGGACAGCAGCCGGAGCAUGGUGUUAUUGGUACGGGCAGCUCGGGGACGGCACACUCCGAGCAGCAACCUAACCCGCAGGGACACAUCGGAACGUCGAGCGGAGCUGGCAGUUCCAGCCAGCAGCAGGGUCAUCCGAACCAUGGCGGACACGGUGGACACAGUGCCAGUGGUGCCGGAGCACAAUCGCACAGUGCUGGGGGUGGUCACGGACAGGGCGGCAGCGGUAGUGGCGCUCAGGCCGGAUCAGGCUCUUCGUUCGGACCGGGCGGACGUCACACGGAGGUCAACUUUGGCAACGGUCCCGGCGAUAGCUUCGGGGUGCGCAUCAGUACCGAUGAGUCGGCCGAUGGAACGGUUAAAAAAUCUCAAAGUGAAUCCUGGGUGUGGAACUAG